GCCAAGGAAAAAAAUGAGGGCUGGGAUUUGAAUAUUUUUUCACUGGAAACAUUCAAUUUGUACCACUGGGAAUGUGAUUUUCACUAGCAAUUUUGCUGCUGGCUCUGGGAUUCAGACAAAGGUUUGACUGGGAAAAUAUGGCAUUAUUAAUAGCCUAUUAAAACUAAAAUGGGAACAAACCGAUCUGUGUUUCAGUAUAAUAGCUGAGCUCGUGCCUUUUUUUACUUGUGAAAUUUUGGAGUGGUGUUUUCACCAUUCAAUUAUCGAUGGUAUAAAAGCUCUAAAACUUCCCUAAAUUCCUUCAGUUUAUAUCACUUGCCCGUGCAGGAUUGUCGGCGCUGUGUGAAAAGUUCAAAGUGGUUGAAAUUAAUCAAUUAAAGAUAAAGGGCCCGUUUCUAAAUCCAAUAUGCAGUGGUGACUAGUAACGAAGGGUCAACGAAGUAAAUGUACUUCGUUACUGUACUUGAGUAUAUUCGUGGGCAGGUAAAUAAGUAAAUUUUUGCCAGAGUGCUCAGUUACUUGGAACGAAGUCAUUUUAUGAAGUAACUUCGUUAUUGGCUGUGGUGAAAGAAUACAUCAUACAGACACAUUGAUAACCUGACCUCACCCCACACCCCCUUUAACCCCUUCAAACCGGAGGCAUCUAACCCCUCGCCCUGAUGGGGGGGAUCCUUGUAAGGAAAAUUUCCUCUCUCUCCCCUCAGGAUAUGUAAUGGUCUACUCCGUUGCUACCACACGCCUCCCCACUUCCCCCGCUUCCCCGCGGUCCAUGUUAAUCAUUAAUUCAUUUUCCCCAGUAAAAGAUCCAGCGACAAAGUAAUUUCGCUAGCAUUUGAAAUACCUGUAAAUAAUUAGAACUUUUCAAUAACAAUUAACUGGAGCCAAUAUUUUCGAAUAACAAAAUGACAUGGAACGAAGCUUUCAAGAAAUAUGUAAUAAGUUAAUCGAUAAUGCUAGCCUAUUUUGAUACUAUCAUAAUAUUUUUGCCAAUAACAGUUGGAUUUCGUUGGAUAUAUUUGCAAAACAUAUCAAACUUGACACAUUUAUAUUGAACAAUAUUAAAUUUCCAAAUCCAAAUUGAUAGUCAAAACAUUAACAUAUCUCCUAGACAACGGCUUAUUAACUUUAUACAGUCAUAUGUAGCUUUAGCACACACGGAGAGUAAACAUAGGGAAUAGCUAUUCUAAACACAGAAUGGAGAUUCUUGAAGAGAACAUUUCCGCAGGCUAGAACCCCUUCUGUUUAAGAUGAAAGAUAUCAAUUUGGAAGUUGAACAGAGUCAAGGUGAGAUGGUUGUUUGCUUAGAACAUAAUCUGUCAAAUUAUAAUCACGCUAAGCUGUGUAAACUCAAAUACAAAAUGAUAUUCAUAUAAAAAGUAUCUAACAAUAUUUAGAAUUAGUAAGGUGCCGUUUGAUAAUAUAUAUAUAUCCACAUAUAUAUGCCAGUUCGUUUGGACAUGGUAUGAGCCUCUGCAAUCAGAUAAUGUAAGAUUUCCCAGCUCAUAAUUCAUGCAAGCCCUUGCAUGAGUAGUAUUGAGUACUGACUAGAUAUUUUCCCUUCUAGUUGUGUUUGUCAGUGCUGCGACACUAGAAGACAGACUGCUGUACGAUGAUGUCUUUGUUGACUAUUUUAAUGUUUUCUUGCAACUAAAGGUAUGUUGAGUUAACUUAACCUAUAAAAAUAUACUAUUGAGCUACUGACGGUAUAACCUCUUGUGGUUUGUACUUGCAUGUACAUGCAUGUCUGCAUGAACUUCCUGAAAAAUAUUUUUUAAAAACAUUAGGAGCAUUAAGGCUUUGGUCAGGGGAUACACUGAUAGGAACAUCAAAGCAUUGAUCUUUAGUAUUCCACAUAGUUUAGAUGUACAUUUACCUGCCUACAAAUGUGAGACAUACUCACAUACUCGAACCACUCACAUACUCGAACCAACCUGACCAUGUAGCUCAGUUGGCAGAGCAUUGGGCUAGUAUUCCAAAGGUCGUAGGUUUGCAUGAUUCAUCAUAUUCAAUCACCUGAGUAUACAUUACACCAACACAAAAAAUAAUAAUUAUCUGUCAAAUUAGGAGACUCCUUGCUAUUUAUCGUUUAAUUGGCAUUGCAUUCUGAUGUGCCCUACUUUCUUAUUUCACUCUGUCGAACACCAGACAAUUCUUCUCAUUAACGCAAGCGUCUUGGCACUCGAUUGGUUAACUUGGAAUCCCUUAUAGCUGUUCUUCAAUUUCUAAUUGUUUUGCAUCAUUUUCGCAUAUCCCCAGGUAUUUGGAACAGCAAUCAGAUAUGAACGACUAGAUGGAUAUUAUUUGGAUACACCAUCAGACAUUUCAAAUGAUUCUGAGCUACAUCAACUUGUUGAUGAACAAGGGAAAUUUCUUCAACAAGGUGCAAUCUCUCUCUGGAUUAAAGAACACAGAUUGCCAUUCUUUUUGAGGUAUUAAAAUUUAUACCAAACUGAUCUGUGCAGUUCUUUACUGUACUGUAACCAGUAGAAAAGUCUUUAAUGGCAUUGGUGAUUAAUAGUAUGAUACACCAAUUUCUAGAUCCAUCACCACUGUAAUAACCACCAUCAUCAUUACCAUAUCACUAUAACUAUCACCACUAUAACCAUCAUAUCACCAUCAUAUCACCAUAUCACCACUAUAACCAUCACCACUAUAACCAUCAUAUCACCACUAUAACCAUCAUAUCACCAUCAUAUCACCAUAUCACCACUAUAACCAUCACCACUAUAACCAUCAUAUCACCACUAUAACCAUCACCACUAUAACCAUCAUAUCACCAUCAUAUCACCAUAUCACCACUAUAACCAUCACCACUAUGACCAUCAUAUCACCACUAUAACCAUCAUGGUUCACAGCCACCAUCACGAUUCAUGACCACCAACAUCAACACCAUAAUUAUCACCACCAUAAUUAUCACCAUUAUCAUUAAUGGUGAAGAUAGCCAUGGCAACUGGUCAUGCUAUGCUAACAAACUUGCAUCUAAAUAGGUUAAGCCAUGGUCUUGGUAUUUACCUCGACAAGGAAUUGACCAUAUGUUGUAAUUAUAUGAUUUUUAGGAGUCGUUUAUUUUUGGAAUAUAAACUAUGUAAGUUACUUCUACGGAAACUCUCUGAAACAAGUCGAGUGCAACAAAGUCGUUUAGACCUACGAGGUUACAGCAGUUUAUCCACUCCCAUGGUACCACCAGACUCUCCAGAACAAUGGAAUGACAGUCCAGUGGAUUGUGCAAGUCAGGCAUCAUGGCCAGGGAAACCACAAGAGCGGCAUUAUCGUCGUCCCUUGGGCAGUGCUUCCAGCUUGCCGGCCAUGUUGUCCAUCGCACUUGAAACAAGACUGAAACUCCUUGAAGGACCUCCUGGAAAGAAAAUGUCAAAUGGUGAUAAUGAUGGUCAUGGGGAACCUCAAGAUAAUUCUGAAUCUUGUAAGUGAAAUUAAACUUCAAAAAUGUCUAAUCUUUGACUCAAACACUGCCAGUUUUCUUUGGAUUCUCUAAUUUCAUCCUGAAGUAACCCCUAAGUCAAACAUCAGGCCGUCUCUAGACACAACUCUAAUACCGGCAGACACAACUCUAAGAUACCUCUCUAAUUCAGACAUCUCUGUAAUUCAGACAUCUCUCUAACAUACUGACUCCUCUCUAAUAUGGACACCUCUGUAAUACAUGCACCUCUCUAAUUCAGACAUAUCUCUAAUCCAGGCACCUCUCUAAUACAGGCACCUCUCUAGUUCAUACACCUCUCUAGUUUGGACAUCUUUCAAAUAAAGACACCUCUCUAAUUCAGAGAUCUCUCUAAUUCAGACAUCUCUCUAAUUCAGGCACCUCUCUAAUACAGACAUCUCUCUAAUUCAGGCACCUCUCUAAUUCAGGCACCUCUCUAAUACAGACAUCUCUCUAAUUCAGACAUAUCUCUAAUUCAGGCACCUCUCUAAUACAGGCACCUCUCUAGUUCAUACACCUCUCUAGUUUGGACAUCUUUCAAAUAAAGACACCUCUCUAAUUCAGAGAUCUCUCUAAUUCAGACAUCUCUCUAAUUCAGGCACCUCUCUAAUACAGACAUCUCUCUAAUUCAGGCACCUCUCUAAUUCAGGCACCUCUCUAAUACAGACAUCUCUCUAAUUCAGACAUAUCUCUAAUUCAGGCACCUCUCUAAUACAGGCACCUCUCUAGUUCAUACACCUCUCUAGUUUGGACAUCUUUCAAAUAAAGACACCUCUCUAAUUCAGAGAUCUCUCUAAUUCAGACAUCUCUCUAAUUCAGGCACCUCUCUAAUACAGACAUCUCUCUAAUUCAGGCACCUCUCUAAUUCAGGCACCUCUCUAAUACAGACAUCUCUCUAAUUCAGACAUAUCUCUAAUUCAGGCACCUCUCUAAUACAGGCACCUCUCUAGUUCAUACACCUCUCUAGUUUGGACAUCUUUCAAAUAAAGACACCUCUCUAAUUCAGAGAUCUCUCUAAUUCAGAGAGAUCUCUAAUUCAGACAUCUCUCUAAUUCAGACAUCUCUCUAAUUCAGGUACCUCUCUAAUACAGGCACCUCUUUAGUACAGACACCUCUCUAGUUUGGACAUAUCUCAAAUACGGACACCUCUUUAAUCCAGAGAUCUCUCUAAGUACAGUCGCCUCUCUAAUAUGAACACCUCUCUAGUUUGAACACCUCUCAAAUAUGGACACCUCUGUAAUUCAGACAUCUCUCUAAUGCAGACACCACUUUUAUUCAGACACCUCACUUCUCUAGUGUGGAUACCUCUCUAAUAUAGACGUCUCUCAUACAGACAUCUCUCUAAUACGGGCACUUUGGGUUGCGUCCGUAUAAGCCCGCUCUAGGUUGGAGUGUAUUCUAUAAUUAUCUCUAUCUCGUUUUAUAACACGAAGAUUUAAGUCAAGACAUGUUUGACGACGAAUUAAACUACGCCGAAAGAUGGAAGAUCAGAUCUGCGGGUGGUAGGCAAGUGAAUAGUUAUAGGAAGAGAAAGUCAUCUCUAUUUACGCCAUCGUGUGAGACAAGGGAAGGAAAUAAGAGAGGAAGAACUGUCAGGAGAACAAGAAGUGCGCCUGUUGAAGGUAAUAAAAAGCGUGUUAAUAAUGGUGAUUCCAGCUAUGGGCGAAAUUUUGAUCUAGACGAGAAGAACGUAAUCCAUUACCAUAGCUAGAAAGAGCAUCUUAAAAUGAGUAAAACUGAAAAGUUUGGUUGCGAAAUGUUGUAAAAUGAGGAAAAUAUAGUCCUGUGAAGUUCGCAAAUUUUGUAUAUAUUUGCAUUACGCGCGGGAGAAAUAACCAUUUUUGAGCCGAAAGUGGUUAUUUUUACCGCGCGUAAUACAAAUAUAUACAAAAUUUGCGAACUUCACAGGGCCAUAUUUUUCUUCAUUUUACAACAUUUAGCAACCAAUCUUUGCAGUUUUACUCAUUUUACUCGUGCUUUUUCUAGCUGUGGUGUUGGAUUUCGUUCUUAUCUAAAUCAAAAUUUCGUCCAUCGCUAGAAUCACCCAUUUUCUGCACCAAUGUAAAAGGGCGUCGAUGCCAAAUAGACCUUUCCCCUUUUGAGUGAAAUUUUGAUCUAGACAAGUCUGGACAAAAAUUUCAUUACAGCUUGAAAGAGCAUCACACAAUUAGUAAUAUUCCGAAGUUUCGUUGCGAAAUGUUAGUGUGAGUUGCUGAUAAUAUGGCCUUGCGAAGUUUGCCGUUUUUCAGUAAUUUUGUAUUACAAAUGGGAAAUUGAUAAUCAGUUUGAUCAUCUGAUUAUCAAUUUUCCGUUUGUAAUGCAAAAUGACUGAAAAACGGCAAACUUCGCAAGGCUAUAUUACCCACAUUUUACAACAUUUCGCAACGAAACUUCGGAAUAUUACUAAUUUUGUGAUGCUCUUUCAAGCUGUAAUGAAAUUGUUGUCCAGGCAUAUCUAGAUCAAAAUUUCACUCAUAAGGGGAAAGGUCUAUUGAAACCAUGCUUAAUCAUUUUUUUGUGAUCUUUUUGUGACAGGGCUGGGAGAAAGAAUGAGGGAGGAGGAAGGAGAGAGUGAAAUAUUUCUGAAUGACUUCAGUGAGGUUGAUGAGAACGAUACGAUAUUAUGUUUUGAUGAAGCAGAUGUUGAAAGGACCGAAGCAGAACUACGCAGUAUCAUUGAUGAAAGUAAACGAAAUUUACAAGAAAUCAAAGAAGAUGCUCUGAACUCUGUAUGAAUCUUAUGUUUUUUCCUCUCAAAUGAUCAUAGGAGACCCAUUUACACUAUGGUCAAUUUUACACCAGGGUUUUAGUAAUAAUAAAAUUUAUUUAAAGCUGUUUCAGGCUCAGCCGAAAGCAGCUGUUAUAAAAGAGGACUUGUGUUAAAUUAGUUACUAUACAAUAUUAUAUAAAAUUUACAAUAAGUUUAAACUAUUUGACUAAAAAUCUAAAAAUAUUUUAAAAGUUUAAAACAUUUUCUAAAAAGUUAGAAGUGAAAAAGUCUAGGCAUUACAUUUUCUAAGCCUGGAUAAAAGAACUCCUUGGUACGCAAAUGAUUUAUUUCCGGACUCAGUCUUCAUGAACCCUUGGAAUGACAAGAUUUAGUCCAUUCCCUCGAGUGUUUUGUUCAUGCUUAAUUUUCGCAAAAGUAUAUGAUGACGGGGAAAGACCAUGAACACAUUUAAAAACGACUUGAUCGCCCAACAUUCAUUAAUACGUUUCCCCGUAAUUUCUGUCAAUAAACAGAGUUGUGGAAUGAGAGAAUUUCGUGAAUUUCUAACUGGAACAUCUGGUCUUCAUCUUUUCAACUUCUGGCUUGAUGUGGAGGAAUACAAAGACCUCGGAGAGUCAAAUGCUGAAAAUGAAAACACUUUACAAAUGCUGAGGGUAAAAUUGUUUAGGUAUGUGCUCUUUUGUGAUUACAUCUGAUCUCGUAAAUACUCAGUGUACAACAAAUUUUAAGUGUGCCACCAUCUGCUGUUGUACGACAUUGCUUAGUGAAACACACCUACAGUAUUUCUUGUUGUCUUUCUUCUGUUGUGAAUUAGAGAAAUCAAUGAUAAAUACAAGACUCAUUUGACCGGGGAAGCCAAGGUUUGUAUGAGUUUUUGUGCCCAUGAAUCAUUUGACUUCCUACCUACCUACCUAUACCUACCUAACUACCUACUGUACAUAUUCUUUUCUUCAGCAAAAGAUCCGAGAAGCUUUAAAUCACGAAGGGCUCACCAAAGAUUUAUUUACGAGAACUCAAUAUGACACAUUGCGCAGAUUGAGAUCUUACUGGAUUCCAAGAUUUUUGGUCCAUAAAGAAAAGACGAAUGAUGAAAUGUAAGACAAUACUGUUUUCACUGUAAUUUUCAUAUUUGACCUGCACCCUUUACAAUUCAACUCUCGGUUGCCAGGAAUGAUGAUUACCACCCUUGUUUUAUUUUUUUUCAAUGAGUUAUCUGUAUUUCAGGUUCAGUGAAAGCAGUCUGGAAUCCAGGCAGUCGGACGGCGCAACAACAUUGAGCUUUUUACCGAAGAUCUCAUUUGUUCAUUCGCUACCGCCGCGUGGGGAGUGGUGCACAGAGUUAGCCAGAAGGAGCUGUGACUGGUCGAAAAAUUUAACACUUUCCGAUGUCAAACUACAGUCGAAGAGGAAGAAGAGAGAAAAUACAAUGGGCGAAGAAAGGUAGGCUACAGUGUUCAGCAGUUAUAGAAAUAAUUCAUUUUGAUGUGGUACGCUAAAUUCCUUAUUGAGACCCAAUUAACUAUUAAUAUGCUGGGGAAAAACUGCGCUGGCUACACACGUAAAAAUCUCACAUCUUGUAGCAAGUCUGCCAACAAGCCGUCAACAAGUUGUCUUCGCACUGCUUGUCACAAGUUGUCAACAAGUUUGGAACAAGCUGUUAACAACUUGUAACAACCUUGUUAUAUUAUCAGACUUGUUGCAAGGUUGUUUCAACAAGUCUAAUACAGUCAUGAUAUAACAAUAUUGUUACAACCUUGUGUCGUCAACCUUGUAACAUUCUUGUUUAUCAUAACUGAAUCAGACUUGUUACAACAACCUUGUAACAAGUCUGAUAAUGCCAUCAAGCUUGUUACAGGUUGUUAACAGCUUGUUCCAAACUUAUUUCAACAACUGGGAACAAGCAGUGCGAACACAACUUGUUGACAGCUUGUGAACAGAUUUGUAACAACUUAUUUGCAGACUUGUAACAACUUGUGCGUUUUUACGUGUGUAGUGGUCACCCAUAUUGGGUUGGGAGCCAUUCACAAAGGAUGUCCGAGCCGAGGGGAGGGGGGGAGGAGGGUUUGGAAAAUCAGGACAAACUCGGACAUAGGGGAGGAGGGGGUUUUUAGCAAUCCGGAUGUCCAAAAUUUAAAAAAAUUCAAAAACAAAUUUCUUUUUCCUCUAUUUUAAACUCUCCUUCCCAUUGUGAAAUUGGCAUUUUGACUAUGCGGUUAAUUAAUACUAGAUUCUGUUUUAAUUAGUAAUUUAUAUGUUUUUGUAUUCACAUUUAUAGUUAUAAAAAAGUUCUAAAAGUAAAAAAGUUUUUUACUCUUGACAUAUACAAGGUUGCGUAAGUUUUUGCGAGGCAUGGCGGAUGUCCGGUGGGAGGGGGUCACUUAUUCGGACAAUGCCGGACAAGGGGGGAGGGGGGGUCUGAAAAUCCAUCAUUUGGCCGGACAUCCUUUGUGAAUGGCCCCUUGAGCAUUGAUCAAUAGCAACCACAUGUGCAGAUCGUGAUAAAAUCGAACAAUUUUUAGCCAGAUAAGGAUUUCACUAUAAAGCAUGUAUUUUAUUCUAGGGAGAAUUAUGGCGACUUUCUAACCGGCUUGUCUUGCGAAAAAGACGCAGGUUGGCCUUUCCGUGAUUUCUUAGAAAGGUAAGUUGCAUUCAUUUACACAAUCGUUCAAUGAUUAGUCCAUUUUACUAUGAAUUUAGUAUCUCAGUUGUUUGUGUUUGUUUUUUAUCAAGAGGGAAAAAGAAAGAUGAAUUGUCAAACUUGUUGUUCUGGCAAUCUAUUGAGGAUCUAAAAGAUGAAGAAAUUCGAGGCUGUGACCGUCAUUUGCAUCUGUGUACUGCUUGGAAUAUCGUGAAACGAUUCCUUUCCAAUGGUACGAAUGUUUUUGAAACCUGUACCGUAUCAUCUUAGCUGUAAAUUACCAUUUUUUACUAUCAGCGAGAGAAUAUUGAGGGUACAGGCAGUACACACGGUCAGGCAUUUGCAAAUGAGAUACUUGUAGCGCAAAUUUCCUUACCAAAUCCAUCUCUGCCUGGGCCUUUGGUGUCUUCGAGAUAGAUCUGUUAGAUGGUCAUCCCAUACCCGUACCUGACCUGCACAGCCAUCAGAUCUGGGCAUCUGGCCAGACGUAGUUUCCUCUGAACUGCCUUGGCUAUCACAUUAAUGAUUUAUUUAACAAAUAUAAAACAUUUUUUCCGUGUUGAUAUACAGUUAUAUCAACACGAGUGGGAAUUGGGGAAACGAGAAAUUGUGUGGAAACACGACGCCCGAAGGGCGGAGUGUUUUCACACAAUUUCGAGUUUUCCAAAUUUCCACUAGUGUUGAUAUAACUGUAUAUCAAUACGGAAAAAAAUGUUUUAUAUGUAAUGUUUACAACAUGAGCGGCCGUGUUGUAUCGGAUAUACAAACUCGAGCCGAAGGCGAGAGUUUGAAUAUCCGAUACAACACGGACGCGAAUGUUGUAAACAACUUAAAAAACGACUCAUCUUAUAAGUUCAUUGGCGAAGUAAUUUUAAAAAUAAACGUUGUCUAAGCUGAGAAAAUCAAAGUUAAAGUUUAUGUAAAUCAACAUGAAUCUGUAUCACAUAUACAGAUACGACACGCUUAUGAUUUUUCUUUGUGUUUUCUUCAUGAAUUAUUAAUGAGUUUUUUAUUUUUUUUAUAAUAUAGUACAAAGAAAUAUAAAGAAAGAAAUUUCCGUGUUGACAUUGAGUUAUAUCAACACAGCUCUUAGCCAAUCAGCGUUCGGAAUUUACAAAUGCUAUAUUAUAAUUUACCUUGAUACACGGUCACGCCCUUUUCUAUGAUAACCGCCCGCUCAGCACCACCCCUUACCAAAUCAAACUGAUUUCAAACAGCACUCUGAUAUUACUAUUCCUUGACUCUAUUGUAGAGAGCAAUGAAUCCACUAUCAACAUGAGUGAAUUAGACAAGCAGAAGGUUAUUGAAAAACUCAGACAGAGUAUGGAAGUGUCCUCUACGUUGUUUACUUCUGGACAGGUAACUAUGACGUUUUCAUUUACUUGAUUAGAGGCAUACCUAUCAUACUUAUUGUAGGAUUGAAUUUCAUGUUUGAAAAUUCGGCUCUGCAGUGAGAUACAUUUCAGUGUAUUUUAAGAAUAUUUUUGUUUUUCUAACCAUGUGUUGUGCACCAUUACUAGACAUACGCUCUUGAGGUAUUAGGAACAUCGUGGGAAGAAUAUUUGAAAGAUGAGAAACUAACACUGAAAAAGUAAGAAUUCAUGUUAUAUUUCGUACGUUUGUUUCCAUAUAUUGUAUACAUAUAUUAUAUAGAUGAACUGUCGAUUCUUUACAGAAAAAUCUUCUUCAUAUUCUCCUGGAGAAGGACAUUGCUUACACUGAUUCGAUCCGUUUAUGUACUUUUGGUAAUAUAAUUAUGUCUUUUGUUUCCACAGGUCUGCGAAGAUGUCUGUUGGAGAACGAUCGACAGUAUCAAAGAACGACAGUAAACUUGGUUCUUUAUAUCAGAGUUUGUUCAUUCCUGGAAAGUGGUAUCCCAGGUUUGUUGAAACUAUUUUAUUGGAAUUGGAAACUGAUUUUCAGAAACUUUACUUCGUAUACUGUUGGCUGCAUCACUUCUAAAUUGUUUUCUCUUUUGGGCACUGCUACAGGAGAAAACCCAAGCUAACCAAACUUUAUUUAUACUGCCAGUGAAUAUAAGCUUUAUCAGUUUUAUAUUGUUUUCCCUAUAUGUCCAGUAAGGGAAAUCUCUUACUGAUCCAGUGUUAUUGAUUUGUAAAACAUGCGGUUCUAAAUGCAGAGAGUGCUGCAAAUUAUGCCUGUCACCCAAAACAAUAUGAUGGUCUCCGCCUCAGAAUAAUCAGUAUAUCCGAUAAGUUUACAUCGAGACCAGUUGUCCCUAUGCCCCGAUCCAGUUUCACAUCGAGACCAGUUGCCCCGAGAUCUAAUGUCUCUAACAUUUUUCUGACACAGAUACCCAGAGUCAUCUCCCUCGGAAAGACAACGCCGUCUUCACACUGCCAUGACAAUUGCGGAGAAUAUCGAAACAACGCGCAUGAGUCUGUCCUCGCCGCUGAAAUCGACCGCAAAUGGAGAGAAGAAACGAAGCCGCUUGAAAUCGAGGACGUCAGAGCCGCCACAAAGCCCGGAGAAAACUGUCAAGUUUAAGGCAAAGAAGGAAAAACCGAAAAUUUUGAAAGAACGCCAUGAUAGUGUCGAGGCCGAGGAAGAGGAGGCGAAGGAGAAGACUGAGGAGAAACCUCCACCUGAAUUUAGGAAUUUUUUAAAUGAUAAAAAGUAAGUUUUUUAAACUAAUCUAUUGUACUAAGAGUUUCUGCAGGUAUGUGCCUCUCAUUUGUUGAUCUAGUUUUACUGCUGGAGGAAGCCUACACUAACUAUUUUUAUACUAUACAAUUAUUAUUAUUUUCUGUGUUGGUGUAAUGUACUCAGGUGAAUAUGAUGCUUGUGAUCUUACUCUGAGUGUAUAUCCACACCGGGCAAGCUUGAAAAAUAUGCCUUCCCACCGUGGUCAGGUAUAUUUUUCAAGCUUGCCCGUUGUGGAUAUACACUCAGUGUAACAUCACAAGCAUUAUACAAUUAUUAUUUGAAGUCCUGAAAGAGCCAUCUCUUAUUGGCCCAGUGUUACUAUAGGAGGAAAACUAUAACUUUCCUAACUAAAUAUAAGUAUUUCUUCUCUUUCUAUCUAGUCUAAUGACGUCAUUCAAGCACUAUGUUCAAAAUGUGGAAGGCAGUCAUUCCAUGAAUAUUCUUGCAAUGUAUCUUGACAUAGAAACAUAUAAAUCAAUCCCUUCAAGCAGUAUAGUUCAGAGAACGGAACGUGCUUCGCAAAUCUUUAAGUAAGUUUGAUUGCCAUCAAUACACUUGACUGUAAUUAUUUAAAUUAUUGUAAUGGAGUCAAAUGGUCUACUUUUUACAUUCAUUUUUGUUUCUUUGCAGGGAUUACUUUAACCAAUCAUCAAGAAAGUGAGUGCUCGACAAUUGUUGUAAACCUCGUUCUCAACUUCGUGCACAGGCUCUUCCCUCUACGGAAGAAAGGCGAAUUUAAGUUGCCUCUAUAGAAAACCUAAAUUUUCACCUUCAAUAUUGCAUUUCUCAAAGUGUCCGCCACUGAUGGUACUUGAUUAGAGUUGCAACUCUCACUGGAAAAAAAUUUGAAAAUCCAUAGAAGAUCAUAGAAUGGAAAUUGUACGGACUUUUAUUGGAAAUAGAAUGGAUUUUAGUUAUCCAUAAUAAUUGUAUAUUUCCGUACUAUGGAUAUAGUAUCGAAAUAGUAUGGAUAUACUGGAUGGAAUUAGUGGUGCAAUUGCAAAUUUCGUAGUAUGGAUUUCACUUUUUUUUCAUACUAUUUCCAUACUAUAUCCAUACUAUGCAAAUAUACAAUUAUUAUGGAUAACCAAAACCUAUUCUAUGUCCAAUAAAAGUCCAUGCAAUUUCCAUUUUCGCUCGCGUUUGACUCCAAUUACUCUCAUCGACUUUGAGCAGGUUCAAAUUUUGAUCCAACUCUCAUGCGACUCUUGUUCUCGUUUGACCGGGGCAUGAGAGUUGUCAGCCCUCAUCUUCGCCUCUGAUGUGCUUAACUCCCCUUACUGAAGUGCUCUUCGUUCCAAUAGUCUACAUCCUGGAUGUUCGUAUAGUUUCCAGGUUGGUGAGAUCAACAUCCAUGCAACGGUUCUUAGAACUCUAAUCCUUACCCUUAUAUUAGCACUUAUCUUAAGCUAAUCUUAACCCUCAUCCUUUUAGAUGUGUAGAUCUUCCUGCUCGUAUUCCAUUCCAAAUCGAAGAUGAACGUCCAUCGACUGCAAUCCUAGCUGAAACUCAAGAUUAUCUUCUGCCUGAAAUUCAGGUCUCUUUCAAACAGUUUUAUAAGGUACAGUAACACUUUAUUUUUAUAUUCAAUAUUCGAAAGACCGCGACACUAACUAAUAUAUAUAUAUUUACCUUAUUUAGUCGCAUAAAUUGUUAAAGCCAGCCGUUCAACACGAGGUUCAUCAUGCUGGCACUGGUGGAAAAACUGAAACACCUUUCACUUCAAAUAGUUUCGUUGUUUAUUACAAAAGAAGGCGAAACAAAUUCAAGGUGACCAUUUCCUCAUUUCAUUUCUCGGUUUCCGGCAGGGUGAGAGAAGUCCUUCCAGUUCAAUCAGGGUUCAAUUCCACCAAAUUGCUAUUCAAAAUUAUUCAAUAUUGCUAUUCAAAAUUAGAAGGAAACCUUAAAACCCAUGUCCCACUGUGGGCGCAGCAACAUAUGGUUGACAGAUAUAAUUCCUUGAAUUUAAAACCAUGGUCAGCUAGAAGACUACAUGUUUAUGCACAUGCAGAUUUAGCACAAAAAUACUCCGCUGGUCUGCAGGAAAUUUUUGUCUCCAGGUUGUGCUCCCAGGAAGAAAGUUCUUUUUUCCUGCCUGGUGCCACGCCCCUUCCUCCCCACCUAUAAACUAAGAUUUGUUCAUUAUUUUAUUUCCUAUUCAGGGAGCAGGUCGAUUACAACCAACCAAAGACGAUAAAGCGGACUUUGUAAACGAACUUCGUGAGACUUAUGGAGUAUUGUCUCCCAGACUCGAGCUAUUUCGAAGAUAUUUAGAUACAAACGAUGAUGUACAGGGGGAGAGUGUCUCGAAGUUAGAAAACGACCUGCUAUUUUAUUUAGAAGUUCAAAAAUUUAAGGUAGGGUAAUGGCUUCAAAUUUCUCUAUUUUGCUCCCAUAAUAUUAGUUCUCUCAGUGUGAAAACUUGUGGUUUCGUAUCAAUUGCUGAAAUUUUUUGUGAUUACCCCAACCGAUAAUCUAACCUAAGGUCACUGGUUUAACGUACGUUCAACGCUCUGAGCUAUUGAGAUUUCUGAUUGAGGCACUCAAGAAUAUUAUGUUCAAUGUGAGAUGACCAGUCUACUUAUACAACUAUAGCUUUACAUGUAAACGAUGUGUGAAUGAUGUAUAGAUUGAUCCAGCCAAUACGAAUUUUGAGAAUUUGGUCCGUUAACUCUAUUAAAACGGAUAAUAUUUUAAUAUUAAAAGUAGUAAGUUCCAAGACUCAUCAAAAAUUAUCUUUUAUAGGAUCUGUUUCUUUACAUGGAUGACGUGAGUGUCUUUUUGCCAUUCCUAAUUACUGCUCCUCCUGCCUGAAAUUGGUCGAACUAAUGAUACUAUGUAUCUUUAAACAUUCCUCAAAUAACUGAUGUUGUAUUUUAUUUCUCCCUAGACAACCUUAUUGAAGAAAGUUGAUGCUAUAGUGGAUUGUUUCCUUGAUUCAGCAACACCACCAUCAGUUCAGGUCAGUAACCUCACCAUAUAUAUAUAACCUAAUUUAUCAUACUCGGAGCCCUUAUACUACAAGCUUGAUACUGUCCAGGAUAGGGUAUUUACUUAGGUUGGAGAACUACUCCAACCUACACUCGUAAAAAGCCCACGUUGAACAUUACAGGUCUGCAAACAAGUUGUUACAAAUCUGUUCAUAAGUUGUCAACAAGUCGUGUUCGCACUGCUUGUUCCCAGUUGUUGUAACAAGUUUGGAACAAGCUGUUAAUAACUUGCAACAAGCUUGAUGGCAUUGUCACACUUAUUACAAGGUUGCUUUAACAAGUCUGAUACAGUCAUGAUAUAACAAGAAUGUUACAAGGUUGUAACAAUAUUGUUUAGUUGUGACAAUACUGUUCCAACAACUUGUCAACAAGAUGUGUUUGCAAUAGGUUUGUAGCAAGCUUGUUAAUUAACAAGCAUUCAACUUAGAUGUUUAUGUCGUUGAAUAUGUUCGGCAUAAACAUCCAACUUAGAUGUUUAUGACGUUGAAUAUAUUCGGCAUAAACGUUCAACUUAGAUGUUUAUGACGCUGAAUAUCUUCGGCAUAAACAUUCAACUUAGAUGUUUAUGACGUUGAAUAUUUAUAAGUUGUGACAAUGCUGUUCCAACAAUUUGUCAACAAGGCUUGUAACAAGCUUGUUGACAAGUUGUGACAAUGCUGUUCCAACAAUUUGUCAACAAAAUGUGUUUGCAAUAGGUUUGUAGCAAGCUUGUUAACACGUCGUGACAAUGAUGUUCCGACAACUUGUCAACACGACUUUUCGCGUUUGUAGCAAGUUUGUUAACAAGUUUUGACAAUGCUGUUCCAACAUCGGACUUGUUGGGACAACCUUGCAACAAGUCUGAUGAAAUCAACAAGGUUGUUCCAAGUUGUUAACAGCUUGUUCCACGCUUGUUGACAACCUAGGAAAAGCAGUGCGAACACAACUUGUCCACAGCUUGUGAACAGAUUUGUAACAACUUGUUUGCAGACUUGUAACAACUUGUGCGUUUUUACUUGUGUACACACGUAAAAACGCACAAGUUGUAACAAGUCUGCAAACAAGUUGCUACACAUCUGUUCACAAGCUUUUAACAAGUUGUGCUCGCACUGCUUGUUCCCAGUUUGUUGUAACAAUUUUGAAACAAGCUGUUAACAACUUGUAACAAGCUUGAUGGCAUUAUCAGCCUGGUUACAAGAUUAUGCUAACAAGUUUGUUACAGCCAUGAUAUAACAAGGAUGUUACAAGGUUGUCAACACAAGGUUGUAACAAUCUUGUUAUAUCAAGCAUGUCACAGACUUGUCAGAACAACUUUGCAACAAGUCUGAUAAUUUCGACAAGGUUGUUACAAGUUGUCAACAAGUUGUUUCAAACCUGAACAAGGUUUGGAACAACUUGUUGUGACAAGCAGUGCGAAUACAUCUUGUUAACUGCUUGUGAACAGACUUGUAACAAACUUGUGCGUUUUUACGAGUUGUCAAGAAUUUGUAUCACGGACCUCUGCGGUGAAUUGGGCAAGCACAUUCUGUGUAAUCGAUUUUAAAUAAGCUAUUAUUAUAUUAUUAUUCUAGAUCGACAUCAGUUCAGAUUUAGCAGCUCGUACUGUCCAUAAAGCGCAGUCAAUUCACGCCCGUAGCAAACAGUCGCGCGAUCAACGAGAUUGCGCAGUAUUCGAUGAUGCGCAGAAUAUUGUACUUAAAGAACUGCUGCCAUUCUGGGCUGGGUUUACACGACGCUAUGAUGCUCAUUCUGCUGAACAAGAAGCCGAAAAACUACCACGUAAGUAGUCUUUGCUGGGUUGCUGGUGUUCAACGUUCAGGAGUGUUAACACUUGUUAGAGCAAAGAAAUUAAAUUGCAUCUCACAAUUUUAUUUUUUGGAUCAAACCCUCCCAAAAACGACGCCAUAAUGAAACACAAUAGUGCAGGGGUGGAAACACAAUGGAAUUCCCCUAUAGGUAAAUUUGAAAGGGGUUCAAACACAAUGGUGAAAACAAUAUAUUCAAGAUGGCGUCCUUAACCUUGGAAGGGCCUAUUAAAGUCGACGUGUUUUUCUCAAACAACUUUCUCGUUUUGUUCUUUUUCACUAGCUACACGUCGUCAAUUGACAGUAAAAAGACGUUACUCUGCGUUCAAGAAAUUUCCCCUCAAGAAACGGCCAGUCAGUCUACAGAGCGUUCUGCCAAGUAUUGGCGACUCAAAGAGGGAACUAAAUUAUUCUCUGGCUCAAGGCUUAGCCUGGAAGGUAAGUUGUUUAAUGUGGUUUAUAAAAUAUCACUAUUCUAAUCAGCUGUGUACCCCUCCCCGCCCUCGGUAGCACUUAGCAUGACAAAAAUUCCAGGGGCCAGUUGUUCAAAGCUGGAUUAGCUUAACCCUAGGUUAACUUAAUAUUCAAAGCAAACUCCUUGGCAGCUUGCCUAUAACUUUGGAAUUUUUGCUUCAGAAAUCUUGUCUGGAUCGAUAGCAGUUUACUUCUCUGAAGUUUUGAAAUUAACAGAUGUGUAGAAAUACACAAACUAAAACAGCAGGUUAAAUUUUAACCCAAGGUUAGCACUAACCCACCUUUGAACAACCAGCCCAGCAAGAGUACUCAGUAAUCGAAUGUUGCAUUGUCUUCUCAUUGUUUUGAAAAUCCUACUGUUUUCCACACGACGUAUUUGUGAUGUUAUUUCAAGACCCAUUGUCUUAACGCAAGCUAACAACGGCUCUGCUUUAUUUUUUAGGAAAGUCUUUCAGAGGGAUCAGGAAGUAUUUAUUCAGUGAACGCGAGAAGCAGCGGAGACAACUCUCGUACAAGCCAUAUUUUGUAAAUUUUUAUGUCACCCUUAGCAUAGUGCCAGUAACCCUCAAAUGGCAGUGCCCUCAAAUUUAUGGGGGGCCUGAUUUGCUGCGGGCAGGAUUUUGGCGGGCUCCGAGGAAUCCAGUCAUGAUCCAGUGAUAUUCAUUUUUCUUUUCAUUGUUUUGGAAAUCUCGCUGUUCUCCACGCAACCAAUCACUUAUUGCAUGUUUUGAGUUAUUUUAGAUAUUCUAAAAAAACAUAUUUUUAUAGAACAUUCAUACAAUAGAACAGUCCAGUCAAUGGAUCGCAAAUGACGGAACAAUUAAAAUAUUAAAAUGACUUCAAAGUGAAAUAAUUUUCUAAGGCUUUUUCUGUUCAUCGAUACACUGAAGACGAAACAAUAAGUGAAUAACAUGAAGAUCACAUUGGCGGAUCUGUAAAAUAUACAGGGUGUAUUAAAAAAACGAAACCGUAAGAUAUUGUUGAAGAUAUUGUUGGAAUGUGAAUGCAUAUAGCACUAUGAAUUCCCAGGAGAUCAAAUCUUCAUGUGCUUAACAACAAUAGCUUUGAUUUCUAAAGGCCUCGAGAACAAAACAUAUUUUCUAUUAUUAUGUAAAAUAUUAAGGAGUGGUUUUCUGAAAGUUUGAACAAACAGCUAAAGCAAAGGAGUUAAACUUUAUACUUUGGCUGUGUUUAUUUCUCACAAAAGUAAUACUCUGCACAAUCAAAGAAAUUUACUAUACUAUGGAAUACUCAGAUCGCGAUUCUAUUCUACACUCAAAACAGAUAUUUGUUCAAAAGAGAAUGGAGAAACAAGCUUAUCUGUAAAAUACAAAUGCAAGUUACAGUACAAAGAUGGCUGUCUGAUUGCGGAAGAAACUCAAACACGAUGCUGUUAAAAAUAUUGGAAAUUUGCAGCCAAAACCAAGACAGUAAUUUGCGAUGUGUUAUGCUCAUCAAAAUGAGGUAAGCAAGCGUAAGAUUCGUACAGUUGUGUCCGAAUAUGUGUAAGCGUAUAAUGUAAACAUUACACGACAACUUAUGGGGUGGCCAUGUUUGGAAAUAAAGAUAUUAUAGGUGCAAGAAUAGUAAACCACGUCACUCAAUUUCACGCGUGGGCCACCAAAUAUGAGACUACCAGUAUAUAA